CCCCCACCUCAGUAUUCCAGACCCUCAGUGGAUCUGCAAGUCUUAGGAUGUCACCUUAUGAGUCAAACCCAAGAACCAGGGCACCGGCCUCAAGGAGAUGAGCGUUAUUGCGAUUCGCUGUCACCUAGGCAACCAGCUUCGCCUGUGGGCCAACCGACAACGGCCCGCAACUCUCUCUCUGCGCACGCGUGAAGCCGUGUCUCCGCCUCCUCUUUUUCCGCAAGACGCGUUUCUCAGGAAUUUUGGCUCUUGGGACGCUCCUUAGUAAAUACCAGUGACGAAGCAGUGAUCUGGGUUGUGAUUGGCUCGUACCGGUGUCCCCGGUACUGAGGGGCCUCGCGCGGAGGCUGAAGGCAGUGUGGCAGGCGACAGUGAGAAGCCGCAGAGCCAGCAUGCCUCGGUAUGCGCAGCUAGUUAUGGGCCCCGCAGGCAGCGGGAAGGUGCAGCUUUGGCCUGAGUGGACACUGCCCCGAAGAGUGGCGAAGUCCCCGGGGGUGUGGAGGGCGACACCGUACCGCCCUGUGUGCUAACCACCCACCUUGUCCUGUCACAGAGCACCUACUGUUCCACCAUGGUUCAGCACUGUGAAGCCCUCAACCGCUCUGUCCAGGUGGUCAACCUGGAUCCGGCAGCAGAGCACUUCAACUAUCCUGUGAUGGCUGACAUCCGGGAACUGAUUGAGGUGGACGAUGUGAUGGAGGACGGUUCUCUGCGGUUUGGUCCCAAUGGAGGAUUGGUAUUCUGCAUGGAGUACUUUGCCAACAACUUUGACUGGCUGGAGAACUGCCUGGGACACGUUGAGGACGACUACAUCCUUUUUGACUGUCCAGGUCAGAUUGAACUGUACACACACCUGCCUGUGAUGAAGCAGCUGGUCCAGCAGCUUGAACAGUGGGAGUUCCGAGUGUGUGGAGUGUUCCUUGUUGAUUCUCAGUUCAUGGUGGAGUCUUUCAAGUUUAUUUCUGGCAUCCUGGCAGCUCUAAGUGCCAUGAUUUCUCUAGAAAUCCCACAAGUUAACAUCAUGACAAAGAUGGACCUGCUGAGUAAGAAAGCCAAGAAGGAAAUUGAGAAGUUUCUAGAUCCAGAAAUGUACUCUCUGCUAGAAGAUUCAACAGGUGACUUAAGAAGCCAAAAAUUCAAGAAGUUAACGAAAGCUGUGUGUGGCCUGAUCGAUGACUACAGCAUGGUCCGGUUUCUGCCAUACGAUCAGUCGGAUGAGGAGAGCAUGAACAUUGUGCUCCAGCACAUCGACUUUGCCAUUCAGUAUGGGGAGGACUUGGAGUUUAAGGAGCCAAAGGAACAGGAAGAAGAGUCUUCCUCCAUGUUUGAUGAAUACUUUCAAGAUCGGCAGAGUGAGUGAGGUUGACUACAGUGACCAUCUGCUUGUGGCCGCCAGGAAGGCUCUUUUGGACUCUUUUGGAGGAGGUGACCAUGGGAAGCAGCUGCUUGUGAACAACGCUGGGCUCUCCCCAGAGUGAGCCCAGAUUGUGCUCUGCUCUGAAACCACUUCUCUUUCAAGAGGAGACUUUAUUCUGACAGCAUCAUUUGGACUUAAAAAAUCAAAGUAGCAAUUCAUGCACAGACUUGUACAUAAUAUAGAUCAACUAUCCCCCCCCUCCCUCUCUCUCCCUCUCUCUCUCUCUCUCUCUCUCUCUCUCUCUCUCUCUCUCUCUGUGUGUGUGUGUGUGUGUGUGUGUGUGUGUGUGUGUGUGUGUGUGCGCGCGCUCGCGCUUUAUUUCUACAGUUAGAUUUUCGGGUUUUUUUGAGGGAUUUUCUUUUUUGAAGAGGUACAAUUAUUAUAACAAAACAUCUCCAUCCAAAUGAAGAAAAUUGGGAGGGUAUACAUAAAUCUUACCGAAUUCAAACAUGUAUUAUUUAUAUAAUUAAAAUUAAAACUGUUUUGAGAUAUUUA